AAUUUUAUAUAAUGGGUAACAACACAAAAACAUCACACGCAGGGAACGUGCGUUAUAAAUAGUAUUGUUUCCCCAAAAUUUAUAUAAUUAUUUUAAACCCUAGAAUCACUCUCGCCCUCUGCAAUUCUCGAAUUCUUGGAGCCUUUGAUCUUUCUGUUUUCCUCAUGGGCAAAGUAAAAGGCAAAAGGAUCAGACGAAACUCUUUUAAGAAACCGACAAACAAUAUAUCUACGGAAGUUGUUAAUCAUCUUCCUGUUGUUAAUUCCAAUGAAACUGCGACCCUGGAAACAGGUGAAUUAUCGGGUUAUAUAUUCAUGUGUAACGGGAAUACAAAACCCGAGUGUUAUGUAAACCGUGUUUUCGGGCUUCCUGCUGGAAGAAGGGAAGUUGUGGAGAAGAUAAAACCUGGUACAAAGCUUUUUCUUUUUGAUUUUGAUGUGAAGCUUCUUUAUGGUGUGUAUGAGGCGGUCUCCACUGGCGGCAUGAACCUACAACCGACUGCUUUUGGGGGAAGGUUUCCGGCACAGGUCCAGUUCAAAAUCUGGAAGGAUUGCCUUCCACUGCCGUUAAAUUCUUUUAGAAGUGCUAUCAAAGACAACUUUCAAGGCUCCAAGUUUGCACAAGAACUUAAUGAUCACCAGGUAAGAGACCUUCUAUUGUUGUUUAAACCAAUUAUCGCACCAUCACCCGCUCCACUCCACCUACCAGUACCCGAUGGUGCAUAUGGACCACGUGUCCAACCACCAAUACCUAGUGCUCCACCCAUGUCCCGAACACCUGCAGCGAUAAACGGUUGGCUUAAUCCAUCAUCAUCAAACCCACCGUUACAGAACCGCUAUCAACCUUACAUGGCCGGACCAUUGCAUAAUCAUUCACAGCAAACAAGCGAGCCUCAGUUCGUUCAUAAAGACGGGUUAAACCCGUAUCCGUAUCAUCACCAUCUAUCUGUCACCCAUCAAGCCCCACGCGCUCAUGUUAAUCUCCAUCGGUUUGUAGAGAAUCAACCACCAUACUUCUCUAACGAACAUCCCGAAAAUCUGCAAGAAGCGUAUCCAAGGCAUUUGACAAUCCCUGCGGUGUAUCCUCGUGAUCCAACAGUUGGCCUUAAUGGUGGAUAUAAUGGUUUAGCCAUACCAACCGUUACGAACCAUAUUGAUAGGAGUCAUGGUCACAACCCUUACACUGCACCAACAUCUCUCUAUGGUUUAACUCCAUCUUCUUCUUACAGUGGGCCGACAUACAUGCAUUCACAGCCUUUUAUGCGCGUUUCCUCUUAUUACUCGUUUGUUGGGGGCACACAGAUAGAGCGUUGACCGCUUGCAAAGAUUGUUGACCUAGGAAUGUAAUGACGAGGAUCUAGUAGUUUAUGAUGAUGUUUAGCUAGAAUGUUUUGUGUAAAACCGAGGUAAUACUUGUGGAACCGGGUUAUGGGAGAGGUAAGUGAUUAGUUUGGUUUCGGGUUUU